CUACUUAUUAUUUCGUUUAAGAUAUCGAGACGUACAAUCCAAUAGAAUUCCUUCAACUAUAAUGACGUUUUAGUGAGUAACGAAUUGAACUAUUGGGGGCGUUCGCUGACCAUACUACUUGACGACUCUCGUGUGUGUUCAGCAUUGUAGAAGAAAACAUUGUUUUGGAUUUGUGUGCAGUAAAACUCGUCACUAUACAGUAAUGACGUCCCGCCUGGAAAAAGAACGUUCCAAGCAAAUACAAGAAAAAUGUCAAAAUCUUUUGAUACAGAUGCUACGUGACGAAGAUAACAAGUAUUGUGUCGACUGCGAUGCAAAAGGACCAAGAUGGGCUAGUUGGAAUUUAGGUAUAUUCUUAUGUAUUCGUUGUGCUGGAAUACAUAGAAAUCUUGGAGUUCAUAUAAGCAAAGUUAAAUCUGUUAACUUAGAUACUUGGACACCAGAGCAAGUAGUGAGUUUACAACAAAUGGGUAAUUCCCGUGCAAGGGCAGUAUAUGAAGCAAAUCUUCCAGAUAGUUUUCGAAGACCUCAAACAGUUUGCAGUCUUGAAAGUUUUAUUCGUGCAAAGUAUGAACAUAAAAAAUAUAUAGCCAGAGAGUGGGUACCACCUCCUUUACCAAAGGUUAAUUGGGAUAAAGAGCUUGAUGAAGAAGCAGAAAGACAACGUAGAAGGAAAAAAGAAAAUUCUAAAACAUCUAAUAAUCAAGCUAUACUUCCACCUGUAAAAAAGUCAGAAGUAGUGCCUCAGUUGCCAAAACCUAAAAGCUCUGUUAGUCCUAAACUUAAUAGAGCAAAUAAUUCUGCAACCCUAGAUUUACUAGGCUUAGAUGCUCCGGCAAUAAAUCAAACAAAUAUAAAUGGUGCUGGGGAUGAUAUAUUUUCUUCCUUUUUAUCUGCACCUCCAGUUUCAGUAGCUUCAACAACUAAUAAUACUUCUAGUACAACCACAAAUGUAUCAACAACAAUAAGUAAAACUGAAGAAGAAAGUUUCUUUGAUCAACCAGCACCAUCACCUCAAGAAAAAAAUAAAAUGUCCAAAGAUAGUAUUUUAGCCUUGUAUGGUACAUCAAGUAAUCAACAAUCAACAAUGUUUGGAGUUCCUGGUGGAAUGUAUGCUCAACAAUCUACUGUUCAAUAUAAACAAGUACCAACUGUAAUACCAUUUGGUCAACAAACUAGUUUUCCAAAUCAACAAAGUUCCUUAACUCAACUUAAUCAACUUUCCAACCAAAUAUCUAAUCAAUUACCUAUCAGUCAAAAUCAAAUUGCAAUGAAUUCUACUCCAUUAGGAUCAGUGGCAUCAAAUUCUUUAGGAAAUUGUUUACAUGUAGGCCAGAUAAAUCAGAUGAAUGGUGUACCCAAUCCUACUAUUACAAUGCAAUCUCAAAUGGUAAUGCAAUUAGGACAAUCUAAUAUUAAUAGUAAUAAUGGUUGGAGUGGAAUGUUAACACAAAAUCUUCAACCAGCUCCUGGUAGUAAUCUUUUUAAUUUAACAUCACAACAGCAACAACAAUCUAUUGCGUUUGGUUCUCAGUUACCACAACAAAUGGCACAACUUUCUUUAGGUGCCACAAGUUUUUCAAGUACUUCAGGAAAAUCCACUACUACUGCACUUCCCGGACAAACGCUUUCCACCAAUUUGUGGCAGUAAAAGUUUUAUGAAUAUUAUUAGUUGAUUGAUUAUUUCAUUCAGUGUUGUACACUAGUGUCAAACGUUCGUUAUCCAAUAUGAUUAUAUUUCCAUAUUAGUUUGGAAAUUGCUCUGGGAUAUAACACAACAAAGACACAAAUAAGAAGUACUCAAAUACUAUCAUUUUCGAAAAAUAAUUCGUGAAUGCAUAUAGUAUUUUGAGUUUAAGAGAUUUCUCUUUUAAAGCUUUGCUAGCUUUCAACAUUAUUGUUGGAAAAAUGGGAACUACAAUAAUAAUGAAAUAAAAAUGAAUUUUUGACUGAUUGUAAAGAGUUAUUCGUGACGUACAGUAUAUACAUUAUAUUCAAUGUAAUUGUAUUAUUUGCUAAAAUGGGUGCUUUUGUAAUCAUGACAAGUGUAUAUCAGGGUCCACUUUCAUCAUAGCAAAAGAUUUCAUUAUAUUUAAACAAGUACAAGCAUCUUUAGUAU